ACACAAGGUAGGCCGCGCACUGAGAGUUGCGCCAUGGCGGUGCCCGGGGCUUCGCUCGUGCCCAUCCUUCUCCUGGGGCUGGGCACCUGCCUGGCCGCAUCCCCCAGCCCCAAAGGGGUGGAGUGCAUCCUGUUCAAUGAGGAGUACAUGACCUGCACAUGGGGCAGCGGGCAGACGCUGACGGCCAACUACUCCCUCUACUACUGGUAUGAGAACAAGUUGCCCGUGGUGGAGUGCCAGCAGUACCUGUGGGACCGCAGUGUGCGCAUCGGCUGCCGCUUUGAGCAGAGUGAGAUCAUCCAAUUCCAGGCCUUCUACGUCCGCGUCAAUGCCAGCUGCAACGGCCAGACCCUGGAGAUCCCCAGCAAUCGCAUGGAGCUGCAGAACCUCGUGAAACCAGAGGCGCCCGUCAACCUGACCAUCCACAACAUGAGCGGCAACCAGCUGCAGCUCACCUGGAGCUCGCCCUACCCCAAGGAACAAUGCCUGGAGCACGUCGUCAAGUACAAGAGCAACAAGGACACCAGCUGGACGAAUCAGGAGGUGAAAGGAGUCAUCUUCUCCUUCCCCAGCGUGGACUAUGAGAAAUACUACACCUUCUACGUGCGCAGCAAGAUCAACAACUAUUGUGGCAACACCCAGCUGUGGAGCGAGUGGAGUGUGCCUGUCUUCUGGGGCAACAACUCCACCAGCAAGGGUAGCAGCGGUCCCGAGCGCCCACGGUCCCCACGACGUCCCCGCAGUGUCCUCACAGUGUCCCCCCGGCUCGUUGCAGGUGUGGCGGAGGAGCAGCUGCAGUGGUUCUGGAUCCACACGGUGCUGAUCCCCAUCGCCUCCUGCCUGCUGCUGCUGGUCCUGGUGGUGCUGCUGGUGCGCAUGGAAAGGGUGUGGGUCAUCAUCAUGCCCCGAAUCCCCAACCCCAGCAAGAACUUCGACGAUCUCUUCAUCACUCACAAUGGUGACUUCCAGGAAUGGGUCGGAGUCCCUAAAGAUGUUGUGGAGAGUUUCAAGCCCAACUACAGUGAAAGCAUCUGCCACGUGAGCGAGCUGCCCUCCAAGGAGGGCUAUGAGCGCCUCCAAGACAAUGGCACCCACCUGCCAGGGGUGCCUGGCCAGCAGGAGCACGGCCCCUACAAGAGCAGCUACGUGGGAGCGUGAUGCUGGCACUGCUCCCCCAAAACACGCUGCUCCCUGCUCCCACCCUGCCAAGUGCCCAGGGGUCCCCAGCCCUGCUCCUCGCCAUGGCCGUGCUCACAGCCCGGUGGCAAUGGAUGGGAAGGACAACAGGCAGUGGUGGAGCAGGCAAGAGCCACCAGCCAGAGGUGAAGAGCACCAAGAGACAUGCACGGCACUGACAGCCACCCCGAGGGGACAAGCCACAUUGUCACCCCAGCUGCGGUUGUACACUGGGCAUGCACAAGCCAGGGCACGUACAAGCCUGGCCACUUGCUUGCACUGUGGGUUUCUAACCUGCAGCUUCCAGCUGCAAUAAAGCUUUGCUGCGCUUUGGUCUUA